GCAAAAAAUAGCAAGAAAGAGAAAACUGUGAACGUUUGGUAAAAAUUAAUUUCACGAACAGUAACCCGGAAGUAUCGAGGAAGCUGACAGCCAAUCAGAUCAUCUGAUAACUACAGUGGGUGGGCGACGACGAAUGGGGUUGAAGUGACACCCGAGAUGGAGAUAAACCGAACGGAUUUCUAUAUUGGUCUUUCUUUGGCUGUGAGCUCCAGUGUUUUUAUCGGUGGAAGUUUCAUCCUGAAAAAGAAAGGCCUGCUGCGAUUGGCCAGCAAGGGUUCAACAAGAGCAGGUCAGGGAGGAUAUGCUUACUUGAAGGAAUGGCUGUGGUGGGCAGGACUCAUUUCAAUGGGAGCUGGAGAAGCUGCUAACUUCGCUGCAUAUGCAUUUGCACCGGCUACGCUGGUGACUCCACUUGGAGCGCUGAGUGUACUUGUGAGUGCUGUGCUCUCCUCUUAUUUUCUGAAUGAGAGGCUGAAUGUGCAUGGGAAGAUUGGUUGUUUGCUUUGCGUCCUGGGCUCCACAGUGAUGGUAAUCCACGCCCCGCAGGAAGAGGAGGUUUCUUCCCUCACUGUCAUGGCUGAAAAGCUCAAAGACCCAGGUUUCAUUGUGUUUGCUGUGUGCGUUGUGGGAAGCAGCCUGGUUCUAAUCUUUGCUGUGGCACCGCGGUAUGGACAGAAGAAUGUGCUGGUCUACAUCCUGAUCUGCUCUGUGAUUGGCUCCCUCUCUGUGUCUUGUGUCAAGGGCCUGGGCAUUGGCAUUAAGGAGCUAUUUGCCGGGACAGCAGUGCUGAAGGAACCCCUGUUCUGGUCCUUAGCUAUCUGCCUGGUAAUCUGUAUCAGUGUCCAAAUCAGUUAUCUGAACAAAGCCCUCGACAUCUAUAACACCUCCAUAGUCACGCCCAUCUACUACGUCUUCUUCACUACGUCUGUAAUGGCCUGCUCAGCUAUACUCUUCAAAGAAUGGCUGCGUAUGACCACCGAUGGGAUACUGGGAACAAUCAGCGGGUUCCUCACCAUCAUUCUAGGGAUCUUCCUCCUUCAUGCCUUCAAAGACAUCACGUUUACUUGGGAUUCCCUCCCACUCUAUCUAAGAAAGGGCCCUCAGGGGUAUACAUGGAGCCACCAGCCUUAUGUGGCCGUUCCCAGUCACGACAGCCAAGCAGAGGAGGAGACAAAGCUACCAAGAGAAGGAGGCUCAAAGGGGGUUUGGGGUAUGCACCAGAGGUUGUCCUGAGGUGACCCAGUGAAACCUACCCACAGAGGAAAUUUUGCUUCCCUUUGUAGGAGAAGUACAGGUGUCAUAUUAAUAACGGCUCCACAGUAUCAUGACAAAAUAUGUUCACCUGUGCUUUUGAAAUACCUACUGCCUGUGACUGAAAACGCAUGUGUUGAAUUUACAAAGUUUUAAUACUCAAUUUUGCAAAUUUAUAAGUCACUUUACUGAAUUUUGAUUCUGGUUCUGCCUUAUGCAGUGUAGUUUAAAUUAAUUUCCUUAAUAUGUACAUAUCAUGGAUCUGCACACACUGGAUUUCACAUAUUUCCUUUUUUGGGUGAAGUAGAAUAAUUUUAUUAGUAUAAUUUAUGUCUCCCCUUCUGUGUACAGUGUAAAUUUUUAAAAACUAAGAUUUAAUGUAUUUAUGUUCAUAAACAGAAUGUGCCUUGUUACAGAAAAUAACAUAUUUGCACUUUUGACCUUCAUUUAUUGUGUAAAGGUUCUAUGCACUAAUUUACAACUAGUGUAAAAGCAACAACACAUUUUUCCAUGAGUGUCUUAAUCAUUUGUUGUUGAUCGAAUCUUAAAAAUUCCUACAAUAAGUUACCUCAUUAUUAUAACCUCACCAAAGAAAAUUGUUCCACAAAGAAUGUCCUAAAAUGUGCCAAAAUGUAUUGAAUCUCAAAUGUGCCUUUAUGUGUGUUUCAUAAAAAUUGAAUUAUUGUAUAACUUGA